AUGUCCAACUUUCCCAUGUCACCACCCACAGGGUUGAGAGGUCAGAGGAGAUCAGGGGCCCAAGAACCAGGAUAUCGGGUCACAGUGACUACUCAAGGUGAGAGGGAUACAAACAGAUAUGAAUCCGCACAAGAACGUGAUGAACGUCUAGCCUGGGAAGCAGAGGAGCGCCAACUCAGCGUACCAUUCAGCGGUUCUACUCAGCACUACCAUUCUCUAUGUAGAAGAAAACGUCAAGACUCUCUCUCUGGAUCUUCUUCUCUGACCGCAGACGAUGGGAAUGAUUCAGUAGAUCCUCAGCUUGAUGAUAAUUGUCGGGCCAGUCCCUCACAAGCGGAGUUUUAUGACCUCAGUGCUGACAGGGCAAACAAUAGUAUAAACCAAGAACAAGCUCUACAACCCAUCGACAUUGAUGGGCAGCAGACGGAUUUGGGAGUGGGUAACUCGGUAGAGGAGUGGGAGCAAGAAGAUGACUACGAGGACAUACCAUCACAAGAGCAAUUGGUACCCAUUUCAGGUCUCUCUGAUAGUGAAGCAAGCCAAAGGGUGAUGACCUUUGGUCCCCUUCCCUCACCUGUCCAACCUCUCUCCUGGAACCAAUCAGCCGACCCACUAUCUCACUUGUCACGGUUGAACGCACAGAUGAUGGUUCCUUUACCUCCGCCCACAUCGGCUAUCCAGCAUCCGCGCUCCUUGGUCUUUUCUCUCCAUCGCCAGAGACAGCAUAGGUCACAAGUUGGAUUGUUGGAACCUACCCAUAGAUCCUCUGAAGAGGAUGACAAUAUGAAACCUCCAGGGACAGAUCCUGCUUGGUGA